AUGGCACACAUUGGCUUUCAAAAACGAGAAAGUUUGAUGUUUACAGGGGUGGUAAACUUAAUACGUCGUGACGAGUUUAGUAAUUCAUAUUGGGAUAAUGCUGGAGGUGCUAGAUGGGCAUUUUUUGCCAUAUUUGUUAUUUUAAUAAUAAUAGUAUUAUUAGGGACAUUACGUGUGAAUAAGAAAAGAGCUCGUCAGGGGCUUCAACCAGUUUAUGGUACUAGGUGGAUGACUCCGCCUUCAUAUGGACAAUCACAACAUCAAUAUGAUCAACCCGACCAUCGAAGAGAUCCAGAUUUGCCUAGUGCUUAUGUUCCAACAUACACUGCCACAGCAAAUGAAUAUGAUAUGGGUUAUUAUGAUGCCAAUGGUGUGUUUCAUGCCAACCCUAAUGCCAAGUCCCCAAUACCACAGCCACCAAAAGUACAUCAACGGUCAGAAAGUACUACAGUUACUGAUGAAAAUGCACAUACACAAGGUGGUGUUCCUAUAACAUCUACUUUGCCUAAUGACUUACCAGGAAAUCAGCAUGUUGACGAUAAUGACAGUAUUGGUGAUUUCUAUAGACCACCCCAAGGUCCGCCACCAAACAGAAACACCCCAUCAUCAUCAUCUCCUGAAAAUACCAAUGACAAUACAGAAAUAAACCAAAACCACACUUCUAAUGUUGCUACCGAAUCUAUGCCAGGAUCAUUUCUGAGACCAGCAGGACCACCACCACCACCACCACAAUCACAAUCACAAAAUGGCAAUGAAGAAGAACUUAUUGACAAUCCAAUUCCAUCAUCAUCAACAACAACAACAACAACUACAACAACAACAACAAGUAAUGGAGACAGUUUACCCAAAUAUUCUGAAGGAUCAAACCCUCCAAUUGUCAAAGAAAAGAAUUAA